AUGAAUUGGACUGAAGGUGCACUGGCUCGCCACUCUCGCCGUAAAGGCUGGGACAAGGACGCCGCUCGGCAAAAACAAUACUUUGCCAAAGCCAGAGCCAGGAAGAAUGCCCCCUCAUCAAGCAAAGGCCUGGACAUUGUAUCCUUUGUCCCCGAUUACAUUAAGCAGUCACAACCACAACAACCCCAGGACCACUACUCGGCCUCUUCGACUUCCGCAAAGAAACAAAAAACACCAAAGAGAAAACUCAUACAUAUGCAGAAUGAUGCUAAUAAAACACCUCAUCGCGACCUCUUUCAGGGUAUCAACGUUGAACUCCCGAAGCCUGGUGGCGAACUUUCCCCGGCAUAUCAGUCCAAGAAAGACCAUCAAGAACUGGACAUCGCGGUCAAAAGGCGUAAAUUGCUUGAAAAAGAUGACUGGACGGGUGUAAACACUCAGAAGCCUUUGGUGGCAAACUCUACUUGGCGAAAAGACCGUUCUCCCCGACCACGAGGAACCGUCAACUUCAGGCAAGAUCUCACAUUUAUUCCCCCAACACACGAUCAAUAUGGCCACUAUAAUAAGAGAACGCUGGGUGGACUGUCUAACGAAGAAAUGAGAAUCAACAUCGGAAGUCAACACCUUCGCUGGAGCUGGGAAAGCAGCUCUGUGCGAAGCUUUGACACACGACAAGGCCUCCCUGGUCACAUUGAUUCGAGCCCAGAUAGAUCACUGAACAUAGGAACAAUGCCGCCUUACCAACUACCACCGAAUGUACAAACACUUACAAGGGUUACAAUAAGGCCCCGAAAGUGCAACAAUAGCCCGGAUCGGCUUGAUUCUCGAAACAAACUAUCAAGCCUCUCGAAGAGCGCCCUGAAUACUACACAUGGAAAUAGUAACCGAGGACUGAAUAGGCGGGAGGAGUCCGAUAAACCGAGAUUCGUUGCAAAUGCUCACAUAGCUAUCAUACAUCAACCACAACCGACCAAGGGGACACAACCCUCGAUGUUCAACAUACGUUCACCUGACUUGGAGGAGAAUAUGAGUACCACUGCUGUUCUGGGCGCUCCAACGCGAUCUUCCAAGCGUAUCACUACCAAAGAUAUACGGUGGAAUUCAUGGUUGAACUCCAAGGCCAUAAUAUCAUCAAAAGAGCCAGCUCAAACGAACGAAAUGAGCGAGUCCCCAAGGUCUAUUAGCCCUGGAAUCAGCCACUUUUGGAACUCAUCAGAGGAACAUUCGCAAACACAAAGCCCGGUCCAACCCCGAACUACACGACAGAGAUUGCUGAGUCAAACUGAUGAGCCACAACUACAAUCAUGCGAAAGCAGGUCGUCUAAUGCCAUUUCAUCUGACAAUAUACAAAACGAGGUGUUAAGUUCCGAACCAAAACUCCCUGAAGUACAGACAGAAGACGACUCACCUUCUCCCAUUACUCUAGAAACUCACGAACCACUCAAGAACCUGAACCAUGAUAGACGGCAUGCCUGUGUCAAGCGCCGAAGUGACUGGGUACUUUCGGCUCGGCCAAAUCCACACAAGACUACCAAUUGUCGAGACUUGCUAGACUUAUUAAGUGAGAACGAAGACAGUAAUGGAGCAGUGACUGAAAAGGACACUGACAGGAAGACGACACUAAAUCCGGAAGACGAGAACGAAAUUUGGAAAAGGUUUGUUUUCGAUAACAAUAUCGCUGAGACUACCCGCAGAGCCCUCGACGAGGCGAAGGAGCAGACCAGGCGCGAACUGGGUCUCGAAAGGACAAAUAGUCCUUGUACAUUUCAGGAUUUACCACUAGCCUCGAGCCCAACAGCAGCGCGAAGUGAUGUUGCUGAGCCCCCCUCAGUGUCACGAGACAGCUCAUUAUCGAUGAAACAGACACUUGGUAUCGCGGACGAUGAGAUGGGAAGACCUUCAAGCACAGACCCAGACUCAGACCUGGAGGAUCAGUCACUCUCGGAGGUCACCGCAAGGGUAGAUACCACAGAUGCCAACGGCUCGAUCAUUGCUCAGCCCUCGUCGCCAGAACCGAUACAGGCCGAGUUCAAAUUCCACCAGCCUCAACUCUUCAUUGGAAGAUUAGCUGCUGGUGCCCCCUCUGAUAAACCACCCGUAACCUUCUAUGAACCAAAGAAUGGGAAACGAUGGAAGAAGCGCAGGGACAAAGGGCGGCCCGAUUUCCGCGCCAUGCCCAACUAUGACGAUGAUCCAAUUGAGGAAGACUAA